CCAUUCACUGAGGGUGUUUCCCUAGUUGGCUCCUUGUUGCCUCCUUGUUCAUAUCAAUAUAUAAAUGUUACCUUAGAUAUAUAUCACGAUUCGAUAUUAUUAAGAAGCCGACCUUGCAACAAGACAGCUUGACGUCAAGAAUGUCUUCUGUAAAGAAGCCAGCCACCCCUUCUGGAAGACUUCCUCCAAAGUCUGUGAGAAGCCUUUCAAAAAUAACACCAUCUACCAGAGGAAAGGAAAAUGAGCAAGACAAGAGUAUAUUUACUACACCAAAAGUUAAAAUAGCAAAACGUGGCAGUCUGCGCACGCCGCUGUCGGUGGACCGUCGCCACGGCGCGGCGCCCAGCACCCCUGUCGGCGGCACCCCGGUACGGCGCAGCCGCGGCUCGGCCGGCGACCCGCUGGCCAGUCUGCUGGCCGACCAGGCCGUCACCGUUAAGGUUGGCGUGCGCGUCCGACCCAUGACCGACAGGGAGCGCUCAGACCCGGAGGUCAGCAGAAUCGUCUCCGGUGACGGCUCCUGCGUUCUCCUGGACACCGAGCUGCACCCGUCACAGGCGUUCUACUAUGACCACGUGUUUUGGUCGAUCGACCCGGCGGACCAGCUCUUCCACAAUCAGAAACAGGUGUACGAGAGUGUCGCCGCGCCGCUGCUGAAGAGUGCGUUUGAGGGCUACAAUGUCUGCCUGCUGGCUUAUGGACAGACGGGCAGCGGAAAAACGUACAGUAUGAUGGGCAGGCUCGGCGCCGAGGAUGCCGGUACGGAGGAACCCUGUGAGCUGGCCGGCGUCAUACCGCGGUUCUGCGUGGACCUGUUCAAACAGACGGCCAGCGCAGAGUACCAGACUACAGUGCAGGUCAGCUACUACGAGAUCUACCAGGAGCGGAUCCGGGACCUGCUGGCCGCCUCGGACGACAAACGGUCCGGCCUGCGCGUGCGCGAGCACCCGAGCCUGGGGCCGCACGUGGUCGGCCUGACAGCCGUGGCCGUGGACGGCUGGCCGCUGAUGAGGAGUCUGAUGGACCAAGGGAACCGGCUGCGUGCCACCGCCUCCACGGGCAUGAACAACAAGAGCUCCCGGUCCCACUCGGUGCUCACACUCACCGUCACACAGACUCAGACGGAGACGGUGGACGGCGAACAGCUGGAGAGCCAGCAGACGGCCCAGGUCAACCUGGUAGAUCUGGCCGGCAGCGAGCGUGUGGCGCAGGCGCACACCACCGGCGUCCGACUCAGGGAGGGCGUGGUCAUCAACAAGUCGCUGCUGACGCUGGGCAAGGUCAUCAUGGCUCUGGUGGACGGCGGCAGGGCGCACAUUCCCUACCGGGAAUCGGCGCUCACCUGGCUCCUCAAGGAGAGCCUGGGCGGUAACUCGCGGACCGCUAUGCUGGCCACCAUCAGCCCGUGCUCGUCCCACGCCGAGGAGACGCUCUCCACGCUCCGCUACGCCUGCAAAACCAACCAGAUCGUCAACAGCGUGCAUGUCAACGAGGACCCGCGCGCACGAAUCAUACGUGAGCUACGGGCGGAGCUGGAACGGCUGCGUCAGGAGCAGAGUACGCCGGUGGCGCCGGCCGCCGGUGAGCCGGCCGAUCAGCAGUCUCCCUCCACCGGCACCGACUCGCCCAACGCCAUCCGCCACCGGCUGGCCAUCACCCAGCUCAAGCGGAAGCUGCAGCAGAAGGAGCUGAUGCUGCGCUCCCAGCACAACGAGCUAGAGGAGGCCAAACGCCGUCUGGCGGAGGGCGGUGGCGCCGCCCGGCCCGCCGCCGCCGCCCGCCCGUCGGCCGGCGUGCCGUUUGUCGGUCACGUGUCGCAGCCGUCGCUGGUGAACCUGCUGCCCGACCCGGCGCUCACCGAGACGGUGGCCUACCCUCUGGCCGAGGGCGACACCACGCUGGGCGCCGCGGAGACGGCCGCUGUCCGACUGCACGGACUGCUAAUCGACAAACUGCACUGCUCUGUGACCCGGAGCGGCACACGGGUGACGCUGCACCCCAGCGCCGGCUGUGUGUGCACCGUGAACGGCUCAGAGGUGACGGCGCCGACGGCUCUGCAGCACGGCGACCGGCUCGUGCUCGCCGGAGAGGUGUUCCUCCGGCUCCAUCUGCCCGCCCACCCGCUGCUCGGGCUGCGAGACUUCGCCGACGCCAAGGCAGAGCUCGACAGGAAAAACGAGGAAAAAGCUGCUCAGGAACAGGAGCGACUGCGCCAGCGGGUGAAGCAGGAGCUGCUCCAGGAGCUGGAGCAGGAGCAGGCCGAUGCCGAGCUGGAGAAGCGCGCCCAGCAGAUACAGCUCGAGAAGCAGAUCGACACGCUCAAGGAACAGCUGGAGCAGCUGAAGGAGCAGGAGCGUCGCCCUCCGGUCCGCUCGACCGACAGCCCGGCCGACUCCUCGUCUCUGAACGUCAGCCUCUACCACUCAGAUUUGCUCGAGCAAAUUGAGGGUGUGUUCGGCGACUCGUCGGGCCGCGGCUCGUCGGGCCGCAGCGCUGCUCCCUCUGCCGCUCACCCUCCCGUGUCGGCUCCGGACGCGGCGCGGCUCUCCCAGCUGGUCACCGAGGGCAACGCGCUGCUCCGACGGCUCAACAAAAAAGUGACGCUGAGUUCCGACCUGGAGCUGAGCGGCGGCACGCUGCGUCCCGUUGCUAUGGUUACGGACGGGGAGCACGGUGUGUGCACCAGCUGGAAUCUGGAGACCUUAGAGGACAAGGUGGCUUCGCUCCGACAGCUCUGGGAGGAGCGCGACUCGUCGUCGACCUCGCUGUGCGACGUCAGUGUGGUGCUCGACUCGCGCUCCGGCUGGCGGCAGCAGCACGACCUGCGCCGCAGCGGCCGGCUUGCCGACGACGACGGACAGCCAGAGGAGGCGGCGCUGUCGGUGGCUGAGUUCUGUUCGCCGCUGGUACACGAGUGCGCCGACUGGCGGUCGGCCGGCGCGCGGCCCGUCCUGCUCGGUAUUCAGGCACUGCAGACAGCACUCGGUGCCGUGGAGGGCGUGUGGCGUCAGCCGGCUCUGCUGCGCGCCCAGGACAGCUUCACAGAGGCGCUGGUGGGUCUGUUGUCACGAUGGUUCCGGCUGAGCUCGGCUUUCGCUGUGUGGCGGCGCGGCCGUCUCUCCUCCGAAGAGGACGUGGAAGCCUCGAUCUCCCAGCUGGAUGACGUGAUGGACAGGCUGCAGAACGGCAUCGGCUUCAUCUACCAGGGUGUCGGCGGCCGAGUGAGCAGCCUGGCCGAGGAGCACCUGUCGGGCUGCCGGCGGCUGACGGUCCGACUCUGCCGACUGAUCGGCACCGCCGCCGAGGAGCUCACCGAACCGGAGACCAUGACUGAGGGUCUGUCCAGCGAUACCCUGACGGAGCUGACAGCCGGCGCGGUGAUGGCGCUCGACCACGCCAUGCUCCAACUGAUCCGCAGCUGCGAGGACGCCGAGGUGCUCAUCACAGGUCUGGUGGACGACUCGGUGGCUCCGGAGUCUGCCGACUCCGGCGGCCUGUACUCGGCCGCUCACGAGCUGGUGGCGUGCUUACGGAGCUGGCUGCAGCGGGGGCGGACUGUGCAGACGGCAGCGUCUAGCAGUGGCGACUCGUCGGGCAGCAGCGACUCCGACCCUUCUCUCAAAUACCGACUGGCCAGCGUGCAGCAGGCGUGCGGCUGGGUGACGGCGCUCAGCUCCGCCGUCAGACUCAUCGUGCUCGCCGUCGACCGGCAUCACAGAGGCGCCCGGCUGGACCGGGCCACGCUGUGUGACGCCGUCCGGAAGCUGCUGCACUCGUGCCGCCGCCUGACGCCGGGCCGCUCGGAGCUGGCGGCCGCCGCCGGCGCCGUGCUCCGGCACCUGGACGCCGCCGACGACUCGGCCAGCACGGUGCUGAGCGGCGCCAGCGACGGCGGCGCGUCGCGCGCGGCACGCACCCCCGACACCACCAUGUUCGGCUCGCUGCUCGACUCGCCGGCCGGGGAGUGUCUCUCGCCGCUGCCCGCCGACCAGAUGGCCGCCCGGCUGCGUCAGGCCGUCCGACAGCUGGAGCGCAGUCCCAGCAAGUCGAGUUUGCGCACGCCAGACAGUCCCGUCAAGGGCCGGGUACAGUUCAGUCGGCCGGCGCGCGCGGACCGAUCCUAG